CAGUGAGUGUGGAGGCGCGGACGCGCGGCAGAGCUCGAGCUGCUGCAGCUGCUGCCGCCGCCGGAGGAACCUUGAUCCCCGCGCUCCGGACACCCGGGCCUCGCCAUGGCUGACCAGCUGACUGAGGAGCAGAUCGCAGAGUUCAAGGAGGCCUUCUCCCUCUUCGACAAGGAUGGAGACGGCACCAUCACCACCAAGGAGUUGGGGACAGUGAUGAGAUCCCUGGGACAGAACCCCACUGAGGCGGAGCUGCAGGACAUGAUCAACGAGGUGGACGCAGAUGGGAACGGGACCAUCGACUUCCCGGAGUUCCUGACCAUGAUGGCCAGAAAGAUGAAGGACACGGACAGCGAGGAGGAGAUCCGGGAGGCCUUCCGCGUCUUCGACAAGGAUGGCAACGGCUACAUCAGCGCUGCGGAGCUGCGUCACGUCAUGACGAACCUGGGGGAGAAGCUGACGGAUGAGGAAGUGGAUGAGAUGAUCAGGGAGGCGGACAUCGAUGGAGACGGGCAGGUCAAUUAUGAAGAGUUUGUACAGAUGAUGACUGCGAAGUGAAGGCCCGGGCAGCUGGCGAUGCCCGUCCUCUUGAUCUCUCUUCUCGCGCGCGCACUCUCUUCGACACUCCCCUGCGUACCCGGUUCUAGCAAACACCAAUUGAUUGACUGAGAAUCUGAUAAAGCGACAAAAGAUUUGUCCCAAGCUGCAUGACUGCUCUUUCUCCUUCCUCCCCGAGUCUCCCUCCUGCCCCUCAUCUCUUCCUUUUGCCUUCCCCUCUUCCAUUCCCCCCUUCCAAGUCCUGACACACUCAUAAGAUGAAGCCCCCUUCCCUUAGGGAGCCUCUGCCCUCCUCCUCCCGCCCGGGUGGCUCCCCUCCAUUUCAUUUUGUCUCCUUUCGUUUGUCAUCUUAUUUUGGGUGCUGGGGUGGCUGCCAGCCCUGUCCCGGGACCGGCUAGGCCGGGCACGAGGCCCUACCCGGGCAGAAGAGCAUGCCUCGCUGUUGCAUGCAGCCAACCCUGUGAUUCCCUGUGCCAAUCCCAGCAGCCUUUGGGGCAGGGAGGCUGGGGGAGGCCUUCCAGCAGGAUUGAGGGGGGAAUCCCGGAGUCGCGGGUCAAGAGGAUGUAGCCCGGGGAGGGGCGAGCGGUGACAGGCAGCGGCAGAGGAGUGUUGGACCCCCAGCCCGCUUUCACCACUUGAGGGGCUGACUCCUGGAAGGGGGCGCGCAGAGUGGGAAACACUCAGAUCCCAUUGGCUGCUGUCCUGAGACCACCCGAUUGGCUUUCUGAGGUCGGGCCAGGUGGGGGCUGCACCAGCCGCCCCCCUGCAGACUGUGCAGGCCCACGUUCCUCGCGCGCUCUCGAGCUGUUGUGUAAAUACCUGGUGCUAACAUCCCCUGCGGCUCCCUCACCACGCACCCGCCCUCCGGCAUCGAGGUCCCCUCCUUGGAACAGAUGUGGGGACCCCUGCUUUGUCAUGUGCUGGCUAUCCUUCUGUCUCUUUUCUUUCUGCCCCUGAACCCUUUGAUUCUGUCAAAAACCACGCCGGGCUGGCUGGCUGCAGGGUGGGGAGAGGGAGGAUGCGCCCCACCACGCUCGAGAGAACACACCGCAAUAAGACCAUCUUGCCGGCUGCCUGCGGGAGGACCAGCUCCGCCCCGGCGAGCUUCUCCGCUGCUCGGCUGGCCCCCACGUGCGCUGUCUGCCCUCCUCGCCCCUCCUCUCCCGCCUGCCCGCCUGCCUGCCCCCACACUCCCCCUCCGGAGAGCAUGAUCCGUGACCUUGCUUCUGACUUUCGCCUCUGGGACAAGUAAGUCAGUGUGGGCAGAUCGGUGUCUGCAUUGUUUUCCCCUUUUUCUGUUUAUUCCAUCAGACCCGACCCCUCAUUCCCCCCAGGUCGAUCAAGUGGCUUUUCCUGGGACCUGCCCAGCUUGGAGAACCCCCGCCCGCCCUCUGGCGCCCAGCCUGGGGAGGCAGGUGGGGGUGGGUCUGCUAGGAGACCCGCGGAGCUGAGGGUGAGGGCAGGUUAGGCGUGAGGCUGUAGACAUUUUUUUCAGAGUGUUUUGAUUUGGGUUUUUUGGUUUGUUUUUUUUUUAAACCGGGCAAUAUUGUGUUCAGUUUAAGCUGUGAAGAAAAAUAUAUAUCAAUGUUUUCCAAUAAAAUACAGUGAC